AUGGGUUUUCUUGGUUGGCUGAAGGGUCUGCUUGAUCCCGUACCGGUCGAUUUGCAUCACCCAUCAUCAUAUCAAUACGAGGGUAACACAGAUGUGGAUGUAGCUCCUCCAGCGUAUGCGGCUCCUGCAUUUGAGUUAUUCGGCCAUGAGUCUCGCAUCACUUUCCAAGGAACUCCAGGCUUUCCUACGGAACUUGUAACCGGUUCUCCACCAUGCUUCGACCUUGACGGCGCCUCUCCUGUGUUUUUUGGAUCUGCCCAUUUUGCCGACUCCUCUAUUCACCCAUGUAAGAUUGCACCUGCAUUAAAUCCAAGUGCCUGUCGCGUUCCCUAUGGUGGUAAAGAGCACCAUCAUGACGGACCAUACGCUCUUCUUCCUUUUGAUCCAGAGACUAUGGAGCUUAUUCCCACCUCUGGUGGGCGCAUUCCGAAUGGAAGAAUGCCCAUAGUGGGUGGACACGAAAGGGACCAUAAUGUCAAACUUUACCAUGCUGUUGCAACGGUGUAUGCCCGUGGUGGUAUAGUGAGAGUUCCUGGAAAGACCGCUCCUCAUUUGUGGGUUUUGAUAUCAUCAUUUGCAUAUCCGAGUCGGGACCUCACGUACGUAUCAUUCUAA